UCUGACUUUUUAUUUUGUCCACAACAAACCUCUCUGGCGGCCUCUGAAAGUGGUGAAAAGAUGAGUUGGUUAACGUAAACUUUUCCAAAUCUAUGCGGUUGACGUCAAACAUUGCCAUCACAGUUGACGUCCAGAUGAUGUGUCGCUUGAUCUCUACCGCUCUUCUAUUAGCAUGCUUUCUUCCGUCAACCUUGACCUCUAAUGUCAACCUGCUCGAGACGUUGAUGAACCGACUGACAGACAGCCAGGACAACGUGUGCUCUCCGUCAUCGUGCAGACACCCGUACUCGGACGUGCCUGAAACCUUCUGCAAUCAAGUUCAGUCAUACAUGCAUUGCCUGUCUGGAGUCAACGAACGCAACAGGUGCCCCGAACAAAUGACGCUUGACGCCAUGACUCUCUUGAGGAGUCUCUCAUUGGAUCUGGCCGUCAAGUUCUGCGCAGAAAAAGUAAGACAGGCUGAAUGCUACACGCUGGAAUACUGCAGCAGGAGAAACCAUACCAGCAACUUCUGCAGCCAGAGCCAGAGCCAGCUGGAGUGUGUGGAGCAGAUCCUGGCCAACGUCCACUGCACGAGAGAGCUGCUGGAGCGUGCCCAGCACGUCAAGGAAACAAUUGGUCAGGUCAUGAAGAUCAGAGGCUGCAUCCAAGAUCAAAGAACACAAAAGCCCACCUCAUCCGACAAUAACCUUGCCUGCCCGGGAAAGUUCGACUGUAUAUUUCCAAAACUAUCAUCCAGAAUUUCAGCUUUUUGCGAGCAAGCUGGCGACUACGUCCAGUGCCUUGACCUCAUCAUACAGGACGACGAGUGCUCCUACACAGCCAUUGGCAACGCCAGACUCUCUAAGCUGACCAUAGAGGGGGCAAUGGCCGCCCGGCGGUGUUCAGGCAAGGAUGAGUUGCUGCCCUUAACAAAAGUCCGUACGUUUCUGCUGGUACUAUCAGCCUACGUGCUCGCUACAGAAUUCUUCACACACCGGGGUAUGCAGCUUUAGCAGUCCGUGAGGGGGAAACAGAGAGAAGGUUCAAAACUCUUUCAAUCACACACACAUCGUUUAUUUUUG